AACGGUACGCGAACGCGGUGCCGGCGGUGGAUUGCGUUUAGUGUAGGAACAUUUUUCACCCGUCGUCCGGACGGCCCGUUUCAGUGGCGUACGAGGCGUUGCAUCGAUCAGUUGGGUUCGGUGUCCCACCGUGUGUGUUAUUCCAGGGUAUAGUGCUUGGUGGUAGCAGCAAUCCGGACCAAGGAAGAGCGUCGAGCCGCGCGCCGGCACCUUAAUUAAUCUUGUCCGGAAUAGCCGAGUCGGGUACAUGUAGUUUUCCUUGCUGGCCCGUUGGAAAGAUAUCUGUGAUAGAAGGGUCGAGGGCGUGAGUGAGAAGAGAGAGCAGCAAGUGCAAUCGAUGUGUGAAUAAGUGAAACCCAGCAAGACGAAGCACGUGUUCGGUGUUCGUUAACUCCUCCUGACCGGCCCGAGUCAUUAUUGGGUGAAGUUCCUCGCGGUAACUGAUUAAGAAGAAGCUAUGGAAGCCUAAUUAGUGUGAGAACAAUCAAGCCUACGGCGAAGCAAAGUGUGAUCUAGUGAGUGAAGGGAUCAAUCACUGAAACCGCCAUCAAGAAGUGAAGCGUUGCGAAUUCAAGUGCGUUAAAAUGUUGGUUCCUCCGGAGAUGAUUGCCGUGCAAUCGAAGCUCAUCUAUCAGAUGAACAAAUAUUGCGCCGAUCGGGUCCAAGCCCGGAAGGCUCAAAUACACAAAACAAUCCAGGAGGUCUGUCGAGUCGUGCAAGACGUUCUCAAAGAGGUCGAAGUUCAGGAACCUCGCUUCAUUUCUUCGCUGAACGACUACAACGGACGGUUUGACGGACUGGAAGUCGUUUCGCCGACGGAGUUCGAAAUCAUAAUCUACCUCAACCAGAUGGGCGUCCUGAACUUCGUAGACGACGGCACUCUCCCGGGAUGUGCAGUCCUCAAGCUAAGCGACGGCCGAAAACGUUCCAUGUCCCUAUGGGUGGAGUUCAUCACGGCUUCCGGUUACCUCUCAGCCCGGAAGAUACGUUCCCGCUUCCAGACUCUGGUGGCUCAGGCUUGUGAUAAAUGUGCAUACCGGGAUUCGGUCAAGAUGAUUGCCGACACCACCGAGGUCAAACUGCGGAUACGGGAACGGAUUAUAGUACAAAUCACGCCGGCGUUCAAAUGUGCCGGACUGUGGCCACGGUCGGCGUCCCAUUGGCCGCUGCCGCAGAUACCGUGGCCGCAUCCGAACAUCGUGUCGGAGGUGAAGACCGAAGGUUUCGAUAUGCUCUCGAAGGAGUGCAUAGCGCUGCAGGGGAAGAACUCGGCGAUGGAGGGAGAUGCGUGGGUGCUCAGUUUUACCGAGGCCGAGAAUAAGCUGUUACAAGGUGGCUGCCGGCGGCGAUGUCUCAGCAUCCUGAAAACCCUGCGCGAUCGGCAUCUGGAUCUCCCGGGAAACCCGGUCUCCUCGUACAUCAUGAAGACGCUGCUCCUGUACGAGUGCGAGAAGCACCCGCGCGAGAUGGAGUGGGACGAGAACUGUAUGGGCGACCGGAUCAACGGCAUCUUCCUGCAGCUGAUCUCGUGUUUGCAGUGCCGGCGCUGUCCACACUACUUCCUGCCCAAUAUGGACCUGUUCAAGGGGAAGUCACCGGGGGCGCUGGAAAACGCCUCCAAACAGGUCUGGCGACUGACUAGGAUUAUGCUGACCAACUCGCGGUGUCUGGAGGAGUUGUAAUGUGGGAUCGGGGGUAUUAGGGGAGGGGGGUUAGGGGUGAGUGAGUGGACGGAUGAGGGAGCGAGUGUUUCGUACUAGUUAAUGGCGCAAAAGUCCUCUAAAUUAUUCGACAAAUGAACUACUCAGUAUACUUGUAUUAUUGUGUAAUGGAACCGUACGCUAAAACCUAUAAUCUCCAAAACGAACGCAUAAAAUUAUUAACUUAUGUCUAACCAAUUGAGAAAUCGACGUAUACCUACACGUAUUGGAUAAGCAAAUGAAAAACCAUAAAUCAGAUUUAAGUAGAAGGCAAAUUGAAUGAAAAAUCAAAAUUCGCAUAAAAAUAAAACAAUUUUAAUCGAAA